AUGUAUGCCAAAGUGAGACGUCCUGGACAAAAAAAGCACUUUGUGAAGGUCGCAUCAGAGCUGGAGCUGCUGAAAGACGUCUAUGGCGCUGAAACUCUGGAAUCGCUGAAAAUUAACGACGAAAUUUGGGGCGUUUUAAUGGAAAUGGCAUGGGAUGAGCGCUACAUUUAUCUCAUGGAAAUAAUGGAUUUUCGUGAAAAAAAUCGAGAAAAAAAUCUGGAAAAUUUGGCUGAAAAUCGAGAGUUGAUUUCCUCGCAAAAUCUGAAACUCUGGAGCGCUGGAAAUAUGGUUUACGCUCGUCAUUUCCACUCGUUAGUCGACAUCUAUGGACCCGAAUUUCGACAAAAAAUCGAUAAUUUCCAUGGGAGGAAUUUGCUGAAACAGGGCGAAAAUCUCAAACAUUUCAUUGUGGAUUGCAGAUUUUUAAGGGAUUUUUCAGUUAAAACGCAGGCGUUUUAUACAAACCAAAUGCAAUCGCUCCAUGACGAUAAUUGGACAUCUUCUACUCCAUUUGAACUGAAUUUUGUCAAUUAUCAAGCAGAUCAGCAAUUGAGCUCCAUUGCUAAAAAAAACCUCCUCUUUCAAUAUGGACCUCCAUCGAUUUCGAAUUUCAAACGACACCCGUUCGCGCCACAAAUCACACCGAGACGAGUGGAAUCAGUGGUGCCUAAAGACCGCCUCCUGUACAUCUCUCCACGUGCCACUCGUUUUCUGCCGGAUACUGUACCUGCAGAUCUAACUGGAGUUGUGAUUUGCUUAUCACAAGACGCAUCACCAGCGACGAGCAGUCAGACGGCGUGUAUUGCGGAUCGAGUUCAACCAUAUCAGAUUCCGUUCAAGCGAGUUAUCAGAUCCACAUCAUUCCGCCCCGAACGUCUUCAAUUAUGGCAGCUGGCGCGCAUCUUCCGCGGCUAUUUUGCCGGCAACACCAUCGACGUCAGUAUCCGGAUGAAUGAUAACAAAUUCAAUAUUUUUAUCGAUUUUUUUUUUCGAAUUUUCCGAAUCAAAGCACCUUUCAAACGACCUUUGUAUCCCCAUUAA